AUGGAUAAACUUCAAAAAUAUAUAGAUGAUAAUUUAAGAGUUAUAAAGUUAUUACCUACAGUAUUUUUUGUAACCGGAGUAUGUCUUCUUUCAAGGCAUUUUUAUCUUUUUACUAAGUUUAACUCUAUUCACUCCAUACCAUCUGGUGUAUACAAUCGUCAAAUACGUUUGAAAGGAUUAAUAUACCAUGUGAAUGACACAAGUGAAUUGGAGAUAUUUCAUUUACCUAAGAUUAGAACACCCUUCCGCAGUUCACUUGGUGAUACAAUUAAACUUUGUAUCCCAGUAGAACAUUCUGAAUUAAGUAGACAAUGGAUAAAAGAUAAUAUUCAUGUCGGUGACCGGAUUACUUUCAUCCCUGUAAUGCCGAUUGAUGCAGAAGCAAAACUUUUGGCUAUUGUUUUCAAAAAGUGGUACUUUUUCAGAAAAGAUAUAUCAUACUAUUUGUUAGCCAAUGGAAUGGUCAAUCUUGAAGAUUCCAGCAACUUGCCAGACAACUAUCGAAACAAAUAUGUUGGAGCAGUUGUAAAAGCAAUGAAUAAGAAAAAAGGUAUUUGGAGAGAAGAAUCAGAAGUUUGGAAAUCUUGUAAAUUAGUCUUUGAACGAAUCAAACGUCUAUUGAAAUUUUAUGAAUAA